CCAAAGAAGAAGAGUCUUUCUGUGCCCCUGGCAAGUCAAGCCGCCGUGGUCACACCCUUCCCAGCGUCCCCCCUCCCGCUCUGCCCGCCAUGUUCUGGAGGAGGAGAUACGUGUAGCCUGGCUUUAGCUGGUUAAGCAUUAGCAACACAUAGCUAGGCGGAGGCGCAACAAGCUCCCUGAACGCCAAAAUAAGUACUCUUUUUUUAUUUUACCCUGGAAUUGGCAAAACUCGUUUAUGGGGUUAUAUCCGUGGAGUAACAGUUAUAUCUGACGUAACCCAAACGACAUGGUGAUGGCGUGGUCAUGUGUGCAGCCAGCACUGUGUGUGUGGUGAUGGUUUUAACAGAUGCUGUUCUGGAGGACUCAGGAACACUGCACUGGCCUGGAGAAGCCUCAUAAACAAACACACACAUACACAACAGACACACACACACGCACCUGUACACAAGAUUGACACAUACACACACACCACCGCCGUGCCUUGAGAAAGGACACAGGCGCACGGACACGUAACACAAGCUUCACCUGUAGCGCGCGUGCGCACACAUUUACACCUUCUGUGUGUGCGUGUGUGUGUGUGUGUGUGUGUGUGUCAGUCUCUACUCAAACAUUAUUGGUGCCCUAGCUCCUCUCCUGUGUGAGAGCGUGCGUUUUAUUUCUCCCCGUCUGUCCCAUCUCCGCCGCCACCAUGCCGAGCUCCACCAUCCGCCGGCAGAUGAAGAACAUGGUGAACAACUACUCGGACGCCGAGAAGAAGGUCAGAGAGGCCACUUCCAACGACCCCUGGGGCCCGUCGUCUUCGCUCAUGUCCGAGAUCGCCGACCUCACCUACAACGUGGUCGCCUUCAGCGAGAUCAUGAGCAUGAUCUGGAAGCGGCUCAAUGACCACGGCAAGAACUGGCGCCACGUCUACAAGGCCCUCACCCUCCUCGACUACCUGAUAAAGACAGGCUCAGAGCGAGUGGCGCUGCAGUGCAAAGAGAACAUCUUUGCCAUCCAGACUCUGAAGGACUUCCAGUACAUUGACCGAGACGGCAAAGACCAGGGCAUCAACGUCCGGGAGAAGAGCAAGCAGCUAGUGGUCCUACUCAAAGACGAGGACCGUCUCAAAGGAGAGCGGUCUCAGGCUUUGAAGACCAAAGAGCGUAUGGCCCAGGUGUCCACAGGGAGCACUCAGAUGGGUUUUGGCCGAGGCUCGUCUCAGCCCAACCUCUCCACUUCCUACAGCGAAGAGUACGGCCGGUCAGAGGGCUCACCUGCGUCCUACCAUGGCUCCACGUCUCCCAACGCGGGUUCAGAACUGGAGCAGGCCAGACCUCAGACCAGCGGAGAGGAGGAGCUACAGCUGCAACUGGCUCUGGCCAUGAGCAGAGAGGCUGCAGAGCAGGAGGAGCGCUUGCGCAGAGGGGACGACCUAAGACUACAGAUGGCCUUGGAGGAGAGUAAGAAAGGAGGUCCAGAAUCGGCAAAACUGCCCAAGAAGAAGAGAGAGCCACAAUCAUCUUUAAUGGAUCUGAUGGAUGUCCCUGAGCCUGGUGCCCGUGCUGACCCCUGGGGGGCCGGAGUUGGAGCCGGGGUUGCGGCAGCCUCUGCUUUAGAAGACCCCUGGCACUCUUAUGGGUCUGCACCUAAGCCAACAGCCCCAGUGGACCCAUGGGGUGUUACUCCUUCUGUUCCACCCAUGAAGAGUGCUGAUCCCUGGGCAUCAAACUCUACUCCUGCCGCUGACCCCUGGGGCUCCGCAGCCGCCCGCCCCAAAACUUCCAACACAGGUAGCUUUGACCUGUUCAAUGCAUCCAACGGUACGUCUAAAGAGGACUACUCAGAAUUUGACAGCCUGCGCUCUUCCUCCUCUGUCCCCACUGGUGAUGGGGGCGUAGCAUCCUCUCUCCCCUCCCAAGCCAGUCUCGCUAGCAGCAGCAGCAUGGACCUCUUCGACUCCCUGCCCAGCUCCCUUUCUAUGUCUGCCACCACAAACCCGACUAGAAAGACUCCGGAGUCCUUCUUGGGUCCCAAUGCUGCCCUGGUCAAUCUGGACUCCCUGGUGACCAAACCAGCCCAGCCUGCGCCAGUUGUCAACCCAUUCUUGGCUUCAACAGGUGGCUCUGCUCCAGCUCCUGCUCCAGCUUCAGCAGCCCACGCCAACCCCUUCCAAGUGAGCCAGCCAGCCCCCCCGACCCUCAACCAGAUGCGGGUGAGCCCCAUGCCCGCCAGCUUUGGCAUGGCCGAGCCCAUGGCCAUCUCCUCGGGGCCUGCUCAGCCCAUCACCAUGGUCCCCCUGGCAGGCAUUGCCCCCAUGGCCCGUGCCAUGCCCGGGAUGGUCGGAGGUGUGGGGAUGAGUGCGGGGAUGCCGGGCUCCAUGUCCUUGCCCCAGCCCCUGAUGAGCAUGCCGCCCCAGGCCGGGACGCAGCCCACGGGAACCACCAACCCCUUCCUUUUGUGAGGGGGUGACCGGGGGGGGGGGGCGACUUUCCCCAUAGUAACACCUCCUCUCUCUCUCUUACUCUCUCUCUCUCUUCCACUUUGGCUCCUUAAGAAGCUUCAAAAUGAACAAGGAGAUAUCUUAUCCCUUCUAUCCCUUCAUAACCAACUCCUAGCCAGGUCGUAGUCCCAGUCUGACCUCACCCCCCACCUUAACACACUCCUUUACUCCUUCCUCCUUUGUCUCAAUGCUACAAGCUGCCUAGUCCUGUGUGCUCCAUAUUGAUCCGACGAUGGUGUUGAUGACCGCGGAGAGUUUUAAUCUGUCUACGGAUUUAAACAGUAGCGGUGGUGUUUACAGUCUUUCCACAGAGACAGGGCCCCUCCUCCCUGUCUCUCAUUCACUCGCCUCCUCUCCCUCACUUCUUCCCUUAGGACUGCUCUGUUCUUCUUCUGUGGUGGAGUGACAGGAGAGUCAGACCAUACUAACGCCAGGAUCUUAUCUCUUCACUUGAGCUAAUCUUUUAUAAGCCCUGCGUGUGUGCGUGUGUGUGAUCUCAGUACUUUUACCCUGUAUAUUCCAGUGGGUUUUACUUAUACACACUGGAGUACGGAUGAGAGAGUGAGUGAGUGUGUGUGUGUGUGUGUGUGUGUGUGUGUGUGUGUGUGUGUGUGUGUGUGUGUGUG